AGGCCUCGGUUCCAAGAAAGUAAAGGAAGAGGGGAGUCGGGAGCGGCCCAGGUCCACACUCACUACCAUACAAGGAGAAGGGAGAACACGAGCGGGAGGGCGCGCGCGUGUGUGUGUCCGGCGACUGAAGGCACGCGCACAGUGCUGCAGAUUUGGACUCAGUUUCCAUUUUCUCAAAUAAGCUGGCAUUGUGUGUGUACAUCAGUGGAUUGUGCCUUCAUUGUUUGGUGGACCAGCAAGCCACGUGCUGCAGUGCGAAUCGGUUGUGACGCCCCGUCGCAGUGAGGAGCGUUGCUGCGUACGUGCCCUUUGCCUCCGAGUGCCACUUGGAGUGGCACUCGUUUCAAGACUCUUACUGAAGCCAUGAAUAUAUACAGCGUGACGCUGAACGGCCCAGCACCCUGGGGCUUCAGGCUCCAGGGAGGAAAGGACUUCAGCAUGCCUCUCACUGUGUCCAGGCUCACUCCCGGGGGGAAGGCGGCCCAGGCAGGUGUUGGUGUCGGUGACUGCGUGGUGUCCAUCGGCGAUGCCAAUGCUGAGGAGAUGACCCAUGUGGAGGCACAGAACAAGAUCCGAGCGGCAGCGGACUGUCUCACUCUAACCCUGAGCAGGGCUUUCAGUGGAGCAGCAACUGAGCAGAAGGACACGUUUGCUCCUGCCUUGAGUCAGCCCAAGUACUCCUUCGGCCCCAGCACAGCGCUAAACAAGUUGGCGCGGCCCUUCAACGCGGGCGGCAGCGCUGCUGGUGCACGCUCAGCUGUCAGGCCCGUCGCUUACAGCCCUAGACUUGACCCCAGCUCAAGGGCACCAGAAAAUGUGCUGCAGCCACACAACGGCCAUGAGGUGGAGGCUCAGAAGUGCAAACCUGCAGCACCUCCUGGAGACAAGCUGGAUGGAGGAUCAGAGGCCCCCACCACGGGCCCUUCCUGCCGGCCCCCCUGGGUGACGGACCCCGGCUUUGCCAACCGCUACCGUCCUGACAAGACUAGCACAGUGCUCACCCAGCACAGCAAGCCGGCCCAGCCAACUCCAAUGCAGAGCCGCAGCUCUAUCCUGCAAGCUGCUCAGCAAACACCCUCCGACAGCGGGAGAACCCCUGUGUGCGCUGCCUGCAGCAAGGUCAUCAGGGGCCGCUACCUAGUUGCCCUAGGGCGCUCAUGGCACCCAGAGGAAUUCAUGUGCUCCCAAUGCAAAGUAGUCCUGGAUGAGGGUGGCUUCUUUGAGGAGCGCGGUUCUGUUUUUUGCCCCAAGUGUUACGACAGCCGUUACGCACCAAAUUGUGCCAAGUGCAAGAAGAAGAUCACUGGGGAGAUCAUGCAUGCCCUGAAGAUGACCUACCAUGUUCAGUGCUUCGUGUGUGCUGCCUGUAAGACCCCUAUCAGAAACCAGGCCUUCUACAUGGAGGAGGGAGAGCCGUACUGCGAGAGAGACUAUGAGAAGAUGUUUGGCACUAAGUGUCAUGGCUGUGAUUUCAAGAUUGACACCGGUGACCGCUUUUUAGAAGCUCUCGGCUACAGUUGGCACGACACCUGCUUUGUCUGUGCUAUCUGCCACAUCAAUUUGGAAGGGAAGACAUUUUACUCCAAGAAGGACAAGCCCCUAUGUAAAGGCCAUGCAUUUUCCACCGUGUAGAUGCUGGAACCCUUUAAGGCUGCAGGGAAUGUGGCGAUGUGCUGGUUCAACCUGCAGCACUGCCUUCAUCCAAUGCAGUCGCCCAACACAAUGUUGCUGACAAGUCGCUGGUCUCACCUCAUCAUAUCACAUACUUCACAUUCCACACUGGUGGGGCUGCUAACCCCUAACCCUUUGUGACACACCCUACCCUACACUCUGUAGGACAGAACCACUCAGUGCCCCUUGCCUUUGCUGAUCAAAGUAUUGUUCACAGAUGAGCCAUUUAAGAUGUUACCUUCAAUUCAAAAUCACAUUUACUGUUUUAAAAUAUUUUAGUCCUUAGAGUCCUUCAGUUCUUAUUUACAGUCAUUGUCCCUGUGGAUUUCAUGUUGAAUCGGCUACACUUGGUGCCUGUUUUAGGAUAAUGUGGUGAAUUUUGUACCUCAAUUUGCGAACACAGUUAGGACCGGAAGUCGGUUUUAACAGAAGGUAUGUGGAAGUCCAAGCAUGAGCACACAAUUAAGAAAAGCUAAAUAAUGCAGUGACUUGACAACAUUAAGUAUAUGGUCACUUUCAGUUUUCAGUCAAAAAAGUCUAAUAGUCACGUGUCUAUUCACUCGGGAGUCUGUAAAGUGUCGGAUGUAGCUGUUCUAAACAAAAUUGGUCCUGUGCUACUUUGUUUUCAUUCUGUUUGGCUUUCCGUUCCGAGUGUGUUUUGCUGCAAACUAAUGGUGGCCUGAAGAAAUACAGACUGUCUUCACUCUACAACAAUGAAUUUUUAAAAAAUGGCACGGUGGAAAAAAAAGUGCAAUUAAAAACAAACUGGGAAAUCUUCAAAGAUUCAUAACUCACAUUUUCGUAACAUUAGGUACAAGUAUAUCAUGUUUGACAGUACAUGUUUAUUGAAGGUCCAUAUGUGCCUUUUUUUGUUUAAAAAAAAAAAAAAAACUGACCUGGAAAUGGG